AUAGUUGCCACUUGGGCAGUGCUCUUAGUCUUUGACACACUUGAAUUCCCUCGCACACUGAAAUAUGGAGCUUCAUUCCUCAGAGAGCUCUAAUUGGCUCUUUGACUAUGAAAUUAUGGGUGACAUAUCCGUUACAGGCGGCCCGUUGCGGGCACCGGCCUCCGGUAGUUUCAGCUGGGGACCACAACCCUUCAACUGUUCCUCCAAUAGCAGUAUGAUAGUGGAAUGCUCUUUUGGAGAUUCAGAUAACCUUAAGGAUGUCGUUUCUCGAAAACGGUUGAGGCCUGAAACAAAUGGUGCAACUGGCUCAAAAGCAUGCAGGGAGAAAUUGCGUAGAGAUUGUCUAAAUGAGAGGUUCCUUGAAUUGGGUUCUAUUGUGGAGCCUGGAAGGCCAGCCAAAACAGACAAGACUGCUAUUUUGAUUGAUGCUAUUCGAAUGAUGACACAGUUACGAAGCGAAGCUCAGAAGCUGAAGAAAUCAAAUGAGGAUUUGCAAUUGAAGAUUAAAGAAUUGAAGUCUGAGAAGAAUGAGCUUCGGGAUGAGAAGCAGAGGCUCAAGGCAGACAAAGAGAAGUUGGAGCAGCAGGUCAGCGCAAUGAGUGGGCAAUCAGGCUUCCUGCCUCAUUCCUCUUCAAUGGUGGCUGCAUUUGCUGCUGAAGGACAGGCUUCUAGAAACAAGCUAAUACCUUUCAUUGGUUACCCCAGUAUUGCCAUGUGGCAAUUCAUGCCACCUGCUUUAGUUGACACAUCACAGGAUCAUGUAUUACGCCCUCCAGUUGCUUAAAAUUGAAGACAUCCAUGGUUUAGUUCAUUUUAUUUGUAAGGCAAGGAUGUUUCUUUUAAUUCUGUUUUUCUGUAACUUCUUAACUGCGUUUAUGUUGGUUUCUUAAAGAGUAUGUAAAUGGGUGAAACAUUUAUGUAAACUUGUAACUGUUAUGGGUGAAACAUCUAUGUAUAUAAACUUGUAAUUUC